UACUCUCCAUUUUUCUCAACUCCCUUACUUUAAUCCCAUUCACUCCUCAAUCUCUCCCUCUUCAUUCAUUAACGGCCAUGUCGAUUCCGGUGACCCGAAAACCUCGGUACCGCCUCGACGCCAUCUCCCUCUCCCUCUCCAUCCCCUCACGCGCCAUCCUCUCCGACGUCACGUGCUCCGCCCUCCCCUCUGAGCUCCUCGCCAUCGUAGGCCCCAGCGGCGCCGGAAAGACCUCCCUCCUCUCCAUCCUCGCCGGAGCUCUCCCCUCAGGCGAAAUCUCCGGUCAUAUCCUCCUCAACGCCGCCCCUCUAUCCUCCUCCUCCUCCUCCACCAAGCUCCGCCGUCUCUCUGCCUACGUCACCCAAGAUGACACCCUCUUCCCCUUACUGACGGUUCGCGAGUCGCUUUUGUUUUCAGCCCGACUCCGCUGUGCCCGGACGGAGCCCGAAACCCGAGUUCAGGACAUCCUCAACGAGCUCUCGCUUGCGCACGUGGCGAAUUCGAGAAUCGGGUCGUUAUCUGGUGGAGAACGGCGUCGGGUCUCGAUUGGAUCCGAACUCGUUCACGACCCACAAAUUCUCCUCCUCGACGAGCCCACCUCAGGCCUCGACUCCGCCUGCGCCCUCCACGUCAUCACUAUUCUCAAAUCGAUGGCUGUUCUCCAGGGCAAAACCGUGAUCCUCACCAUCCACCAGCCCGGGUUUCGGAUCUUGGACCUCUUUGAUAGGAUCCUGCUAAUUUCCAACGGGUCCGUUAAGCACCACGGCUCUCUUCCGUCUCUCGAAGCGAAACUAAUCGAAUCGGGUCACUCGAUCCCGCCCCACGUUAACGUGCUCGAGUUCGCCAUGGAUGCAGUUGAAACGCUACCAAGUCAGGUCAUGGCCCCGUCACCUUCUAUGUCCCAGCGAGAGUUUUGCGAUCUAGUCCCUAAAGAAGCUCGAAUUUAUUACGCAAACUCUCGCUUCAACGAGGUUAGAAUCCUCACAGCCAGAUUCUUCAAGAACGUCCUCAGAACAAGGCAGCUAUCGUCGGCAAGAAUGCUUCAGUGCGUUUUAGCGGGAUUUGCGCUAGGAACGAUCUUCAUGAACGUAGACAACAUUUCGUCUCGAGUCGGAUUUUUCGCGUUUACAUUAACGUUCCUCCUAUCCUCAACCGGGUUUCUCUAUUUUUGGCUGGUGGUCUGGUUGGUCAUGGCGAUGGCGAACUCUUUCGUAUCGUGCUUCAGCGCGAUGGUUCCUAAUUUCAUUUUGGGCAACUCGUUGAUCGCAGGCUUGAUGGGUUCGUUUUUCCUAUUUUCCGGGUAUUUUAUCGCGAAGAGGAACAUACCGAAGUACUGGAUUUUUAUGCAUUAUUUGAGUUUGUUUAAGUAUCCGUUUGAAGGGUUUAUGGUGAACGAGUACGGAGGGGAGAGGGGGAGGAGGCAGUGCGUGACCAGAGACGGGGAAGGAAUCUGUGUCGUUGAUGGGGAGAUGUUUUUGAGGCAGCAAGGGUUGGUUGGGGAGCAAAAAUGGAGGAGCUUGAUUGUGAUGCUGGGGUUUAUUGUUGGGUAUAGGGUUAUUUGCUUUGUGGUUCUUUGGGUGAGGUGUUGUAGGUUGAAGAGAUUAAAUUGAGAAGCGUUAAUGAUUUCAAGUUACUGAAGCUCUCAGGAUUCUCUAUGAUAUUUAUGGGUGGAAUGGAAAUAUGAUACUUUCAAAG